CGGCGCUGCUACGGGAGGAUAAUACAUUUGAAUUUGUAACGUAUCGCUCGAUGUUUUUCACCUGUUGCUCUUGGUUUUUCGUGUGACAAUCGUGCCCGUGUUCUCUCUCGCCAGGAUGAUAAACGUGACUGGCAUUUUGACGAAGGACAGAAAGGAAGACGGGAGGAUCUCUGCAGAGGACAUGGACGAGGAACGUAAAAGAGAUCUGUCGUAUCUCUAUCUCUGUCACUUGGAAGAAGCUAAAAAAUGGAUGGAAUCCUGCUUGAGGGAACAGUUACCUCCAUCGACCGAGCUGGAGGAGAAUCUUCGUAAUGGAGUAUACCUGGCCAAACUUGGUCACUUUAUGGCACCCAAUAUUUUACCAUUGAAUAAAAUCUAUGACACCGAACAGCGGAGAUAUAAAUCUGCGGGAUUGCAGUUUCGUCAUACAGACAAUAUAAAUUAUUUUCUGAAAUGCUUGGAAUCCCAGCGACUACCGUUGAUAUUCCUGCCAGAAACAACAGAUAUCUAUGAUAAGAAGAAUAUGCCACGACUGAUAUAUUGUAUCCAUGCUCUUAGCAAGCAUUUAUUUAAAUAUGGGAAAGCACCUCCAAUGCCAGAAUUGUAUGGAAAAGUAAAUUUCUCCGAGGAAGAAAUCGACACUGUUACUAAAGAAUUACAAAGACAUGGCAUUCAAAUACCCGCUUUUCAAAAAAUAGGAGGUCUAUUGACUAACAACAUUACUACGGACACAGCCACUCUUCACGACGCUGUGAUCGCAAUUAAUCAAGCUGUGAUAGAUAACGAUAACGAUACAAUUUUACGAAAACUUCGAAGUAAAGAGAUGCAUUUAAGCAACGUUGAACCUGCUUACAUAGAAAAAUAUACCAAGGCAUUGUCGGAAGCUAAAGCCGCAAAAACAGAGGCGGCACUUAACAAGUCCCUUAACGACAGUUAUGUGGCGGAUGAAUACGACGAAUUAUUAACACAAGCAGAGAUACAAGGGCACAUUAAUUAUGUAAAUGCCUCUUGCGCAUUGGAAGUCAUCGUUUCGUCUUUAUCACGUGACAACGCUGAAAUAAUAGCUGCUUUGAAAGUGCCGGCAUUAUCUUUCAAGGAUGUAUUUUCUGAAAAUGUUGAAGAUUAUAAAGAACAACUAAUGCUAAUGUUGGAUAAAUUCAACUGGAAUGACAAAUAUCCAUCUGAAAGCAUUCAGUAUUGGACAGACACGUUUCAGAAUGCGAUUAACAGAGGAAACGAGAACGCGCAGCGACGUUGCAAACGAGACGAAACUGUCGAACGUUUGAACAUGGCUUUAAAAUCUGCGGACAGAAAAAAGUUUUACGAGACCUUGCAAACCCUGUGUCUGGAAAUCUCUCAAUGCAUCGAUGAGUUUGCAUUUCCGUUGUAUUAUCAGGAGAUGAAGGAAGAUUGUACAGAGUCUUGGAAAAAUAUCACUUACAACGACAUAGUCGAUUGUAUACCUGUCUUAUCUGCUAUUGCCGCUAUUACCAAAGCGGUGGAUACGGGAAAUCCGGAUUUCGUGUACGAGAAGCUAUCGAAUCCUGACGCACGUUUAGAUGAAUUGGACGAAUAUAAUAAAGUGAAGUAUGCUCAAGCGUUAGCAGCGGCUCGGCAAGCAAAGCUGCGAGCGUCCCAAGAAUGUUCUAUAUUGACUUACAGCGACAUUCAGGAAUGCAUCGAUUCGGUAAACGUACAGUGCGACGAAGAUUUUGAAGUUAUAACGAACUUGCAACAAAUUAAUCGAGCUGUAGCGGCGAACGAUCACGAGGGUAUGAUGGAAGCCGUAAAAAGGAUUACCGAGAGGUACGAUAUACCUACGUAUCCGUACGACGCACCGUUUUACUUCAAGCUGCUUAAGAAACGUUUACUUGAAAAAGAAUCGGACGGAUCUGAACUGUGGCUGGACGAUGUCGAAGCUGUAGCGAAGACAGUGGCAUCGGAGCUCGAGGAAAUGCAAGAAAUGAUAGUAAUUUUAUGCGACGUCAAUACGUUCCUGGAGCAGGAUAAUAUAAUAGAAACUCUCGACUGCCUGGAAACGUUUGAUAAAAAAUUUAAAGAACUUACUGAAGAAUGUCGAGAGAGAUGUUUUCUGGCAUUGCGGCAGUUACAGAGGCGGAAGCGCGAAAUAUACAACUGCCCAUAUAUUUGCUAUAUCACCGACAAAGGAAAUAAAAUUUAUUUUAAUAUAAAAGCUGGAAAUUAUACGUGGGAGCAACCCAGAAAUUUUACGAAAACUCAUCAUCUCACUAUGGACGAUAUAAAUGAAACAAUUAACUCUAUUUUAGCAGGGAAACGUGACGAAGAUUCUACAAUGUACGAUAAAAAAUCGCUUAUUAAACUUCAAGCUUAUACCAGAGGAUAUUUGUUGCGGAAAAGGAUAGCUGACAGAUACGCUUAUUUCGACGAUAAUCUGCGAGCAAUCGUCACGAUACAAGCGUGGUGGAGGGGCGUGAGGCAGCGAAAACAAUAUCGUAAACUGUUGAAGAGGAGACAAAAUAUGUUGUUAAAUCAAAGGAAAUUCUUAAACGCGGAAACAAAUAAGGAUAACGUGUAUCAAAAUAAAUUAUUAAACGGAAGGGCAAACGACAAGAGCGAUAGAUUAAGUUAUUAUAAAAGACACGAGGAUAAAAUAAUUAAGAUACAAGCUCUCUGGCGUGGCCGAGCGUCAAGGAAAGCCUUUCGCUCCUUAUUGCGUUCGGAGAAACCGUCGUUUCCUGUGAUCAGAUAUUUUUCGACGGUACUGGGUUUUAGCGCCGAGGAUUAUGACAAGGACCUAGAAUUACAAAAAUUAAAGUACAAGGUCGUUCAAUCUAUAAAGCACAAUCAGAAUCUGUCGGAGCAAUUGAACAGCAUGUUCGUCAAAAUAGGAUUACUGAUUCAGAACAGAAUAGCGUUACAGGACGUGGUGGCGCACGGCAAAAAUCUGGAUACUCUUGCGAAGGAGAAGAACGCGAGCAAAGAUCAAAACUCUUUAAACGACAUUGCCACGAUGGCGCACAGAGGUCUCAAAUCAUUAACGAAGGAAGGUCGCAAGAUGCUGGAAGGCUAUCAGCACUUGUUUUACGCAUUGCAAACGAAUCCGCAAUAUUUGUCCAAGCUGUUGUAUUUGCCGCCUAGCAACAAGUCGAACAAGCUGUUCCUGAAGAACAUCAUCUUGACGCUGUUUAAUUUCGGCUCGAACACUCGGGAGGACUAUUUGCUGCUGAAACUCUUCGGUUGCGCGUUGAGAGAGGAGAUCAGGUGCAAUUGCCAUCAGCCCUCCGACGUGCUGACCGGCAAGCCUCUGGUCCGCGAGAUGGUGGUCAAUUACGCGAAACAGUUCAACGGUCAGGCGUCGUUAAAGCAGCUCGUAGGCCCGUUAGUCGAGAAGGUUCUGGAAGAAAAGGAUCUGUGCAUAGAGACGAAUCCGGUGGACAUAUACAAGCUUUGGCGGAAUCAGCUGGAGAUGGAACGCGGCCAGUCGUUGGAUAUGCCACAUGCGGUGUCUCAGGAACAAGCGCUGAAAUACCCGCCGGUGCAGGAGUCGCUCACGAGGGCGAUCAAUCAAUUGAAGAAGAUAUCCCUCGAGUUUCUCGACAGGAUAACGCGGUCCCGCGACCUGAUCCCUUACGGGAUGCUCUACGUUUCGAAGGUCCUGUACAACACGUUGAUGGAGAAGUUCCCGCAUGCUCCCGAGAAGGAUAUCCUGAAGGCGGUCGGCAAUUUGAUCUACUAUCACUUCAUCAACGCCGCGAUCGUGGCACCGGACACCUUCGACAUCGUCACAUUGCCGGUCGACCGAACGUUGUCCUCCUGCCAGAGGAAGAAUCUGGCGAGUAUAGCCAAGGUGCUGCAAUUCUCCACCUCGAAGAAAGGCUUCGGCGAGGAGGCGCCGCACUUGGAAUGCUUGAAUCAGUUCAUUAUUGCCUGUCACGAGAAGUUCAAGGACUUCUUCCGGUACUGCUGCCAAGUGGAGGAUCUCGAGGAGCACUUCAAUAUUCACGAGUACACGGAGGCGACGCUCAUACAAAGCCCGGAGAUCUGCAUAUCCCUGCAGGAGAUAUGCGAGAUGCACGCCUUGAUGUUGAAUUACGAGGAUCAAAUAGCACCGGACCCGUCCGAUUCUCUGCAUGAUUUGUUGGAUGAGCUGGGCCCAGCGCCGACUGUAGCGUCCUUGCUCGGGAUAUCCAAAGCGACGUACGACGCGAACUUGGCGCGGUACAGCAAGCAGGAGGUGUGCCUGGUGCUGACCAACAAAUUCCAGGUGCCGCGGAACGACGACACGAAUCUGAGCAAUCUCUUCGUAAAGGCGAAGGAGUUGCUCGUGUCGGUUAUUCCGUUCCUGAAGAAGUCGACCCUCGUGGAGUCUCUGGAGACCACAUCCUCCCCGAUGUGCGUGAAGCUGUUCGACUACUCGUCCGUAUCGCCGACAGUUCGCGAAAGUUCAUCUAUAAACGACUGCAAGAUGCAAUUGCGCGCGUACCUCAACAAGCUCGAGCUCGAGGGAUGGAUCAGUCGCGUGGACGGUUAUCAGACAAUCGUGACCGCGAUAGCGAGGGAUAUUUGCAACAAGAGCAAGUACCGCAUCGCGCGGGACAAGGAGUUGCAGACGCUGCGGGCGACCAAGGAGCGACUGGACGAGAAGACGCGGUACUACCAGGAGCAAAUCGGAUUCUACAACGAGUACAUAAAGGGCUGCCUCCAGAAUCUGCACAGCGGCAAGAGCUCGCUACGCGCGUACCAGAAGUACGCGCAGCAGGACGCGUACACGCAGCGCAAGCUGCGAUCGAAGAUGACGGUGAGGUAUUCCGCGUGGAAGCUGCAGGAGAAGGGCGUGCUGAUGGAGGUCGACCAGGCGCUGAGCCCGACGGAGAUGAAGAACAUGAUUUUCGAGAUAAGCCCGACCGAGCAUAGCGGCGUGUUCGUCGUGCGCUGCAAGUUCAUGGGCGUCGAGCUGGAGAAGCUCAACAUCAGCAUAGAGGAGCUGCUCGAGCUGCAGUACGAGAGCAGACCUUACAUGGACAUGUUCGGUAAAGCCAAGGUCAAUGUGAAUCUGCUCCUGUACCUGCUGAAUCGGAAGUUUUACGGCAAGAAGAGCUGAAGCGGACUGCCUCGACCAUUCUUCUCUAACAGAAUUCCGAAACAACCGGGCCGAUUCACGCGUGUGCAAAAUUCACCUUCUAGCACGCGUUCGGGGCGAACGAAUCGGUAUUUUAGCAUCGCGACGAGAUAUCGACGAUUCAAUACGAUCCUCUUUGUCCUUCGAGAUCGUUUUCGGGAACGUUGAUAGAUUUUGAUACGCAAAACUUCCACGUAAUACACGGAGUAGAGGGAAGUUCGAGAUUUCACUUUCCCUUCGCGAGCCAGUUGUCUCUUCUCUUCGAUGACGCAAGUGCAAUCAUUUACACGUGCGUCGUAUACAAAAGGUCUGUUUUUUUUUUUUACUACAAAGUACCUCUCUUUCAAUUUUACUCUCUCUUCCUUUCUCUUCACUUUCUCCU